UGGUGCUCAAUAGUUUAGCAGAAACCCCAUUAUCUCAUAUUAGGAGCAUAUCUCAUAAUAGGGGAUUCUCCUCUAGUAAUAGUUUAUAGCCGCAUAUGUAACUAUGGGUUAGCUGUAGAUUAAAAUUUCAUGCAGAUAAAUUGUAGCUAUUAAGUUAUCAAUUGAUAUUUGAGAAAUGCAUUUUUUCGUAUAUUUCACUACACACGAGACGAUGUUACAUCGGUGUCCUAGAUAGCAAUAAAUAAAAUAUUUUAUAAUGAACGUAUAACAUAUGCACGUACAAGGAAAUGUAUCAAGCUAUCUUCUAAAUGGUUCACAACUGCUGAUCUAUGGAUGACAACCUGCAAAAUUUAUUUUACUGUAUACCUGGCUUUCUUUUAUUGCAAUAUUUCCUGUUUCCUGCGGUUAAAGUAACUGGAUAUUACGCAAUUUGACAAUAAAGAUUAUCUUGAGAAAGUAGCUUCUCGAUUUAUAAGAAUAUUCUUUCAUGCAAAUUUAUACGUGAAGGGAAGUCCGAUGAGUAUUGCUAUUAUUGAGUCGGGAGACUAUAAACACGAGAUUGUCAUUUCUACAUGUAAUAUUAUUUAGUUUGUUCUAUGACACAUUGCAAUUUAGUCAAAUCUUUAGCAACAGCAGAAUGUUAUUUAAACAUGUUGAAAUAUUUUUAUAAGUUUAAAAAUAUAAAAUUAUAUAUACAAAAACUACACAGAAUAUAUUCUAAAUAUAGACAUUAUAAUAAAUGCGCUUUUAAUAGUGUACGCUUUUUAAUAUGUUCUUUUAUUUUUCUUAUUUCUAGUAAAUCAUUAGUUUUGUAUUUGUUUAUUACCAUACUGGAAGGCAGUAGCAUUAGAAAAAUAAUUUAGAAACUAUCUUUGUUUUAUAAUUAUUUAAAUAAUUGAAUUAUUAUAUAAUUACUUAAAAAACUAAAUGAUUAGAUAUUUUUUUCAUAGCUAUAAAUGUUAUUACACACAACUUGUAAUCGUAUAAGCAUUACAUAAUCCAUAUUAUCAGUGCAUUAUAUCGUAUUAUAAUAACAGCGGAAAUGGAUGCUGGCGACCAACAUCAUGGACCUCGCUAUCUAGAAACAUAAUAUACAACGCUUAUUCGGCAUUCGUAAUUUUAACGCUAUACGCAUUUUCGAUGAGUCAAUUUGUGGAGCUCGUAUUAAAUUCUGACGAUGCUGAAACGUUCGGCGAUGCCUUGUUUAAUAUUAUGAUUUCUCUGCUGGCAUGUUACAAGACAAUUGUUAUGCGAUUGAAUCACGAAAGUAUCACAAUGUUAGUUAAUAGUUUUACCGAAACGCCAUUCAAACCAUUGGACCUGAACGAAAGCAUAAUACGACAAAAGUUUGAUAAGAGAAUAACGAACAAUACGUUACAUUAUUUAAUCCUUAUCUUCGUAACUGCUUUAUACAUGUUUGUGCUUUCGUUGUUCACAAACUUUAAGGAUGGGUUACUAAUGUACAAGGCAUGGAUACCGUUUGACUACUCAAUCUCUGUGCUAUUUUGUCUUGUAUACGGUCAUCAGAUAUUGAGUAUAAUAUUUAUCGGUCUUGUUCAUCCCACCACUGACAGUUUUAUUUGCGGAUUAUUGUUACACGCCUGCUGCCAAAUCGAGAUUUUAGAGUAUCGCUUGUCAAAUAUCGCGUAUGGUCGCGGAAACUUGCGUGAUUGUGUACGUCAUCACGUAGGUAUAUAUGAAUAUGCACACAUACUGAAUGAAAAAUUUGCUAAAAUAGUUCCCAGUGAAUUUACAAUGAUCAUUGUAGUAAUGUGUUAUAACUUGAUUCAUAUGGCCUUAACAUCAUCUAGCACCAUGUUUAUACAAGAUUUGAUGUUCGUAACUUCCACACUGGCAGCGAUUUUUUAUUAUUGCUGGUUUGGAAAUGAAACUAAACUAAAGAGUCUGCAAUUGUCGAAAAACAUUUAUAACAUGGAGUGGACAUUCCUUGAUAUUAAUAUAAAGAAAGGAUUGUUAAUGAUCAUGAACCGUGCAACAAUACCUAUUGAAUUUAGCAGCGCAAAUAUAAUGCCAAUGAAUCUCGAAUCCUUCUUAAUGGUACUUAAGACGUCCUAUUCAUUAUUUAAUGUAUUGAUACAAUCACGAAAGCAGUAAUUUAGUAAAUUGUGAUAUUGUUGUUUAUUCAGUUAU